UGGGAUCCAAAUUAUGAGCCUUAAUAGCUGUUGGUUUGGAGCCUGAAACGAUUUAUUGACAGCAGAACUGAAGCGUUUCAUUCCUGAGAUGUCUGUAAACCUUCUGGCACAAUAAAUGUUGUCCUUUCCUUCUCUCAGCUGCCUUUAUGGAGACAAACCCCCCUCAGGGAAGUCUCAGCCUAUACAUCUGGAAUAAUGUCCAGAGCUGACCCACUUCUUCUUCUUUCCCUUUUUUCCCUCCUCGCCCUCCAGCUAGCUCACUUCCUCCGGACUGCCAAAGCAACCGGUGGCGCGUACUGAAACGUGUCUCUCCUUUCAGUGUAUUUCCUUUCUUUUCACAGAGGAAACUGAACCCGGAGAGGUGCACCGGCCAUUGACUCUCACUUGGCUUUGCGGGGCCCAGCUGACUGAUGGCUGGCUGCUGGAGGGCUGAUGGAUGGAUGGAUGGAGUGAAAGGCUCUUGUGAAGUGUCUUCCUGUCUUGAUUUUUUUUUUUUUUUUUUUUUUUUAAGCACUGUCAGCUGCGUGUCGGAAGUUCAGCGUGCAUGUUCCUGCUUGUCACCUGACAGUUUCUCUUUAUAGAUAAAUGUGUACACGUGUGUGUGUCUUUCCUGUCUGUCAUUAUGUUGUGAUUCAGGGUCUCCACACAUUGUGAGCAUAGCCGAGCUCCUCAGAGCAGCCUGCUCAUGUUGAACUUCAUUGCAGCCUGCAGUGGGCUUCUCUCUUCCUCCCCCUCCUCUGCCUCACGCUGUGGAGUUGAGGGGGUUGACCAAUUGCCAGCAGCUGUUGCUCAUUUCACAAUGGUCCCGCCCAUACAGUGCUGAGGCUGGCAGUGCAGCCGCUCCACACUACGUAGAUGAGCAGCAGAGCUCCCAACUUAGAGGACUGUGUCUACACUACAGCCGGCAUGAAGGACAGACAGAGAGCGCAGGACACAGAGGAUUUUGUACCGUGUUGCUGAGAGAAGCCCAGAGUGGAGCCCAGAUCCUGCUGCGGGCUAAUUAAAUCCCCACCAUCACAACGCUCCAUCUUCCCUCCCCUGCUUCACCAACACAGACAGAAGCUGUCCUGAGCAGGACGACAUCCUCGCCUGCCUCCAUCCUCUGCCUCCUCAUGUCCCUGCAGGUGGAACGGAGGGCAGGGCGAGCACACACAGCCCACCAGCUGCAGCCACACGCUCCUUGAUGGGGAUGGCGGUCCAGAGGAGGCUGGUGUUUGCCGUGGUGACCGCCUUCUCCCUGCUGUGUGUUUACAUCCUGUGUGUGAACCUGGAGACGCGUCUGCCCUGGUCCCCAAUGCCUCUGAAGCAUUUCCAUGGCUUCAUACGGACAACAAACAGCGGCUCACAGGACUCUCAGGAGCCUCUUGACAGAAAGAGCAACAGUGACCAGUGGACCCGUCUGCCCCCUGCCUCCAACUUUUCCCCAGAGCUGCAUCAACACGCACACACUCCAACUGUAAAGACUCAAACUCCCACAGCCGUUAAACACAAACCAGCAGAGAACAGCAUCCUGCAGCUCUCAAAGUCCAGUUCAAGGUCUGAUGGUGCGGAUAAAACCAGUACCAGGACCAGUACCAAAGGCCCCACGCUGCAGCGCCAGCAGCCCACACAGGCAGCCAGACCAACAGAGCCUCCGUUCAUCGGAGACACUUACAUGAGCGAAGAUAUCCCUCCACAAACAGACUGCCCGGACAGUAUCCGCAGUCGGGUCACAAAAACAGAAUUUGGAGGACGAUUUCUGAAACACAUUCCAGUCCUGCAGUGGGCCCAACACGCCACUUAUGAACAUCACCAGCGUCUGAGCCAGUACCCAGGAGCCCACGGCUGGGGAGGGAUCGAUUUCAAGACGCUGGUGGAAACUCUGUCAGUCCUCAACUCCUCUGCUAACUGGAGGAUGUUGGACGACUGGAAGGAUCGCACCAAUAAAUCAGACUGUACCCACUGUGCUGUGGUGGGGAACGGUGGCAUACUGAAGGAUUCAAAGAAAGGGAAGGAGAUCGACAGUCAUCAUUACGUCUUCAGGACUAACGGGGCGAUCAUUAAGGGCUUUGAGGAGGAUGUGGGGUCUCGGACCACCCACUACACAUUCUCCACCAACACACUGAUGAACUCCAUGAGGAGCUACGCCAGCGUCGGGUAUAAGGGACCCCCUCUGUCUAAAGAAACAAGAUACGUUUUCCUGCCUGAUCACGACCGUGAUUACCUGCUGAUGAAGGCAGCAGCGACACACACUCCAGUGGAGAGAGGACCUGAGCGGGGCAAAAAUCCUUCGAAUUACUUUGGAGCAGACGUGUCAGCAGAAAAGCUGAAGAUGUACCAUCCUGACUUCGUCCGUUACCUCAGAAACAGAUUCCUUCGUUCUAAUGCUCUGAAAACCAAAUAUAAGGACAUCUACCGUCCGUCAACAGGAGCUGUGAUGCUGCUGGCUGCUCUGCACACCUGCGACCAGGUGAGCGCGUACGGCUUCAUGACACCAGACUAUAAGAACUACUCUGACCACUACUACGACAACAACUACCGCCCAGUGGGCUUCUUCAUCAACCACGACCUGCGUAUGGAGAUGACCCUGUGGCAGCAGCUGCACCAGGCGGGCCUCAUACGACUCUACAUGCACAAGUGAACGCGUCAUCCUGUCUGCACACGACGAGUUACCGGCAGGGUCACGACCUUGCCUCCUUUGUCUCAAAAUGACUGUAUGUAUGGAAGCCAAUAAGGGACAUAUGUAUUUGAGUUUUAACAACCACUGGAUACGCAAUACUGAAAAUUAAACACCACUGAAUUUGUGGCAUUUAAAUAUUUGACUAUGAAAAUCAUGUAUCAGACUUUAUUUGUUCUGAAUUCACCUCUUUAAUUAUGAAUUAAUCAUUAAUUAAAUUUCUUGAUUUGCUAUUGCAAAAGCUGUAAUUAGUUUUUUAAUAUUCACAAAUUUGAAAUUCAAGUUAAAAAAUUGUAUGGCAACCCAGGACAGGAUAGGCUGGGUAGCCUGGAUGUGACUAUUUGAAUUGUUUUUACUUGAAUUUUUGGUUCUGAAUUUUAAGAUUCAAAUUUGACUGAUUUUCUUUUUAUAUUUCAAAUUUUUUGACUUUUUAACUUUAGUUUCUGAACUUGACGAAUCAAAUUUGACUGAUUUUUUUAAUAGAUUUUUUUCAACUUACUAUUUUAAAUGGACACGACAUAUCAAGAAAUUUCAUAUUUUAAUUCCAAAGAGGUGAUUUCAGGACAAUAAAUUCAGGUUUUCAAAGUAAAAUAUUUCAGUGCUAUGAAUUCAGUGGUGUUUUAAAGUUAAAUCAGUGGCUGUUAAAAUUAAAAAAACGUAUGUCUCUUAUUAGCUUCCAUAUUUAUAACUCUCUGAAAUGAGCAAAAAAAAGUAGCAGAAGUUUUCUUUUUAUUAAGGAAACAAAGAUUUUUUUUAAUGACAGCUGCUGUGAUUGUCCGGCAUGGAGAUUAUUAU